CACGGGGCCCCCAGGCGGGCGCAGCGGCAGGCACCGGGCCCCCGAGCGGAGACGGCGACAGGCAUCAAUCGGUGCCCCCCAGGCGGGGGCGGACAGGCAUCGUUGCCCCCAGGCGGGGCGAACAGGCGAUCGUGGAGGCGGUUUGGCGACCGACAGGCAUCGGGCCCAGCAGGAAGCGGCAGCGCAGCGCCGGCCCCCAGGCGGGGCGACAGGCAAUCGGGGCCCUCAGGCGGGGGCGGCGAGGGGCGGGGCACGGACCCCCAGGCGAGCGACAGGUCUCGUGCCCCUCAGGCGGUAGGCGGCGGGCGCCGGGACCCCCAGGCGGAGCGACAGGUCUCGGGCCCAUUCCAGGCGGCGGAGCGGCGGGCGAUCGGACCCCCAGGUCGAGCGAGUCAGGUCUCGGGCCCUCAGGCGGAGCGGCGGGCGCCGGACCCCCCCAGUCGAGGAGCGACAGGUCUCGGGCCCUCAGGCCACGGUGAGCGGAGGCGCCGGACCCCCAGGGAGAUGGGAGCGACAGGUCUCGGGCCCUCAGGCGGAGCGGGGCGGUGGCGCCGGACC